AUGGAUCUUAGAAAUGGAAAGGAGAAAGAUAUUGAAGUUGAUGUUGAAAGUGGAUUGCCACUAAUUGAAGAUAACUCGAGGAGAGUUUCUAAUUCAAUCACUGCAAAACAAGGGAAAAUGUUGUUCGCGCAAUUUUCCGGUGAGUUUGUUGGGGGUUUUGUUAGAGGUGAAGUUGGGCCAAGUUCGUAUUUCAAUGAGUCGAAUUUAGGUGAAGUUUCGUUAGAUGUGAUGAAAGUGGUGAACAAGAUUCCGGUGAAGGAGAAUCGUAAAAAGGCGUCGAAUAAAAAGGCUGCCAAACCUCCGAGACCUCCGAAAGGUCCGUCGUUAGAUGAAGCUGAUUAUAAGUUGAUCAGGGAGAUGUCUGAACUUGCGAUGUUGAAGCGUGCAAGGGUGGAGAGAAUGAAAGCGUUGAAGAAAAUGAAAAAUGCUAAACCAGCUUCGGCUAAUGGCACCAGCGCGUUGGCCCUGAUUUUCACCAUUAUCUUCUUCGUUGUGAUAAUCUUCCAAGGCAUGUCAUCUGGGAAAAGCUCAGUGGCAAGUUUCCAAAGAUCACCUCUAUCUGUAUCAGGAGGAGGAGGAGGAGAGAAAGGUUUAAUUUCGGUUCAGUACCAACUCAAUCCAUCAAGCGAUUCAAAUGCACCGGGUGAUUCAAAUGCACCGGGUUCAGAGUCCCCCAAUUUUGUACAGCGGGUAGCAGGUUCAGAUUUGAAUGAAAAACUGAGGAGAGAUUAA